AUGACGUUGAGGACGUCGCGCCGCGUCGUUGUCACCAUGGAAGCAUAUCAGAGCCUCUUCGCGUGCAGACGCAGCGGCUGCGCUUUACGACAAUCUGCACCAAAGCCUCUGUGCGCGAUCUGCAACUGCAACAACGAUCUGCAAUGGAUCUUUGUUGGAGUGGUGAAUAUAUGGGUGUGUGUGCAGUGGCGUCGUAACGACAUUCCAGUACGUCCUAGAGUUCUCUUAAUCUCUCUCCGUUCCUCCAAAAAUAGAAUGGCAGAACAAGCAUACACUGUGGCAUCUGAUGGUGAAAAUACGGGAGAGGAAAAAUCUUCGUCUCCUUUCUCAGAAAUUGCAAUUGGAAUUGACAUUGGCACCUCUCAAUGUAGUGUGGCAGUUUGGAGUGGCUCUAAGGUGGAGCUCCUCAGAAAUACCCGACACCAGAAGUUGAUGAAGUCAUAUGUUACCUUUAAAGAUGAGGUUCCUGCAGGUGGUGUAAGCAAUCAACUGGCUCAUGAGUACGAGAUGUUAUCUGGUGCUGCCAUUUUCAACAUGAAACGUCUAAUCGGUAGAGUUGACACGGACCCUGUUGUUCAUUCAAGCAAAAGCCUCCCAUUCCUGGUGCAGACCUUAGAUAUUGGUGUCAGGCCGUUCAUUGCGGCAUUAGUGAAGAACAUGUGGAGGUCGACUACUCCAGAAGAAGUUCUUGCAAUAUUUCUUGUCGAAUUAAAAGUCUUGGCAGAAAUGCAGCUCAAGCGUCCAAUACGAAAUGUUGUCUUGACCGUUCCUGUAUCAUUUAGCCGAUUCCAAUUGACCCGUAUUGAAAGAGUUUGUGCCAUGGCUGGACUUCAUGUUCUAAGAUUGAUGCCUGAACCGACUGCUGUUGCCUUGUUAUAUGCGCAGCAGCAGCAGCAGAAUGUGCACGAGAGUAUGGGCAGUGGAAGUGAAAAGAUUGCACUUAUAUUCAAUAUGGGUGCGGGUUUCUGUGACGUAGCUGUCACUGCAACAGCUGGAGGAGUAUCACAGAUACGGAGUUUGGCUGGAAGUACCUUGGGAGGGGAAGACUUACUGCAGAACAUGAUGCGUCACCUCUUACCGGAUAUGGAUAGUUACUUCUCGAGACACGGGAUUGAAGAAAUACGGGAAAUGGGGUUGCUUCGAGUUGCAACCCAGGAUGCAAUCCACACACUCUCGACCCAACCUAGUGUGCAAAUUGAUGUUGACUUGGGAAAUGGAAGAAAAAUAUACAAGGUCCUUGACAGGAAGGAAUUUGAGAAAGUCAAUCGGAAUGUGUUUGAAAAAUGUGCAAGCCUUGUCAACCAAUCCUUACACGAUGCAAAGAUAGAAGUAGAUGACGUAAAUGAUGUAAUUCUUGUUGGUGGUUGCUCAAAUAUCCCAAUUAUACGGAAUAUGGUUAUGGAUAUAUGUAAGAAAGAUCUUUACUCGGGAAUGAAUCCGAUGGAGGCUGCAGUGCGUGGGGCAGCACUGGAAGGUGCAGUGGCUUCUGGAGUGAAUGAUCCUUUUGGGAGUUUGGACCUGCUAACAAUUCAAACAACUCCACUGAGCAUCGGAAUUCGAGCAGAUGGAAACAGCCUCGUACCCAUUAUACCGAAAAAUACCACAAUGCCAACAAGAAAAGACGUGAUUUUCACUACAGUACAUGAUAACCAAGCUGAGGCACUAAUAAUCAUCUACGAGGGCAAUGAGAAAGCAGUUGAAAACAAUCAUCUUUUAGGGUAUUUUAAGAUCAUAGGGAUACCUCCAGCUCCAAAAGGUAUACCAGAGAUUAAUGUGUGCAUGGAUAUUGAUGCUUCAAGUGCUCUGAGAGUUUUUGCUGGGGUCAUUAUGCCCGGGGAGCAGAAUCCUUCGACUCCCUUUAUGGAAGUAAGGAUGCCAACAGUUGAUGAUGGGCAUGGUUGGUGUGCUGAGGCUCUAAACAGAACUUAUGGUUCGACUUUAGAUUUGGUGACAGUGCAAAAGAAAGUACAGCACUGA